AUGAAGACCACUCUCGCUAUCAGCACUGCUGGCAUUCUCCAGGGAGCCUCACGGACCAGUACUGGCAUUGCUACGACGACUUCUGGGAUCGAUGCAUUCUACGAUAACCUGGAGUGUACUGGCAUUCCAGUAUUCGUCCGCCUGUACCCGUCCUGUGAAAAUUCAAACACCGAAGUCGAGGCUGUUUGUGACUCGUAUGAUUCAAGGAAGACCUUCUACGUCCCUAAUGAGGCCGAGUACUUUGGAGAGAAAGACCCAUACGUGGUUAUCGAGUCGUACGACGACGCCAACUGCUUGGAGCUCACAACAGUCGAUGAGGGUGGAAUGGUGACAAUUUACCCUGGAUGCAAUACUUCCGAUACGCCAGAAUUCCAGCAGCCCGCAACAAGCUUCAACACUGAUGACUGCGUUCCAGUCGACGACGAUAGUUACUCAAAAUACUAUUUAGUCAACAUCGACACGAGUGGAGGAGAUACGAGUGGGUCCACGGGUACCAUCUACACGCCUCCUGCCACGAACGUCAGUGCGAGUGGAUCAACGAGUGCUGCUGGGUCCACGAGUGCUACUGCUGACACGCCUUCCGCUACAACUACAGCUCCGACAACAGCGACAACGGGAUCGGCUUCUUUGGCGUCCAAUUCUUUGCUCAGUCAGCACAGGGCUCUCUCCAGCAACUAG